UCUUGUACUGUAGUACAUCAUAACCAGUCAAUACUCUCACACUCCACAGCUUUCCAAGAUGCAUUUUCCAAGUGAUUAUAAGCUCUAGGAGGAUUAAGCAAGCAGAAUGUUUUAAUGGAACUCACACUCCAGCUUUAUUAUUUAUGCGCACAAGGACACUGCAAAUUACCUUAAACAGAUCCUAAAGCAUGAGACUUCUGAAACACCCGGAUUUUUAAAAAGGUUUAUGCCACUGACUGGGCUACACAACCAUCAUAAAUUCUGCAGAAAAUGAAAGACCGCCUUCAAGAAUUUAAACUGAAAGCAAAGCAACUUCAACUACUAGAAGAAAGCAGCUGUGUUUCUGGUGUUGUGGCUGAGGAACAAGGAGAGCUUGAACAAACAGCUGUCAUAUUUGAAAAGGAGCCAGUAACAGAAAGGUACCUGAAUGAAAUCCAACGACUUCACAAUGAUAUUAACAACUUGGCCACGGAUGUUCAGAAGUUUAGUCAGCAGCAAAAGAGCCUGGUGGCUUCCAUGAGAAGAUUCAGUGUGCUUAAAAAGGAAUGCAGUGCCACAAGAGAAAUAAAAAUUCAAGCAGAACACAUUAGUAUGGGCUUGGAUGACUUGUCAAAAACAGUGAAGAAGGUAGAAAAAGAGUAUGGUUCAUCAUCUGCUGUUGGAAGGGUUCUUAGUUCUCAGCGGGCAGUCCUAUUCCGCCGCUUCCAAAAUAUUAUGUUUCUGUACAAUGGUGCUAUAACAGCCAAGCAAGAAAAAUGCAAAGGUUUUAUUGUGCGUCAGCUUGAAGUAGCAGGAAAACAAGUUUCUGAAGAAGAAUUGAAUGAUAUGGUUCAACAAGGGAAGUGGGAAAUCUUCAAUGAAAAUCUGCUGACUGAGGUCAAGAUCACUAAGGCUCAGCUAUCUGAGAUUGAACAAAGACAUAAAGAACUGGUCAAUCUGGAGAAUCAGGUGAAAGACUUAAAGGGCCUCUUCAUCCAAAUCUCACUUUUGGUUGAAGAGCAAGGUGAAAUGAUCAACAACAUUGAAAUGGAAGUGACUAAUACUCAGGAUUAUGUUCAGGCCUCAAGAGAAAAGUUCAGGCUGGCAGCAAAGUACCGAAAGAGAAAUCCUUGUAGAGCAUUAUGCUGCUGUUGCUGCUGUCCAUGCAGCAAAUAAAGGGGCUUCUGGGCACCUCAAUCCUCUUUGCAAUAACCCUGACCUAGUGUAUGACUUGGAUGGGAUGAAGGGCAAGUAGCUGGUUUACCAGGCAUGAAUACAUGGUGUUACAGUUUUUGUUUUCUCAAGUGACCUAUCUUGUGUGCUGUGGGCUGGCAGGCAAAGGGCACAAAACUAAAGCAAAUACACAUACACAAAUGGAAGGGGGCAUCUACAAAGGAAUAGGAUACUCUUGUCCAUGUUCACUACAUGCCAUCAUUUU